AUGUUACCUGGUUGGGAAGGAUCAGCUGCCGAUGGCCGUGUUUUACGCGAUGCUAUAGAUUGGCGAGGUGACAAUCCAUCACCUCGAUGUAAAGAAGAACAUUUCAACAUGAGGCAUUCUAGGGCUCGUAAUGUUAUUGAAAGGGCAUUCGGUCUCCUAAAAGGACGUUGGGGAAUUCUUAGAAGCCCUUCCUGGUACUCAGUUAAGGUUCAUAACAGGGUAAUUAGUGCUUGUUAUUUGAUUCAUAACUUUAUUCAUAGAGAGAUGGAAGUGGAUCCCUUGGACAGUGAUAUGGAAGAACAAGUGGAAUAUCAAUACGAAAAUAUUGACGUUGUUGAAUCGUCGGAGGAGUGGAGCAGUUGGAGGAAUAAGUUGGCUCAACGAAUGUGGAAUGAAAGAACUAAUAAUUGA